GUGCGCCGCACCCGGGCGUAGGGAGCCGGCGUCCGAGCCGCCAGCUCCCCGGCCCACCGCUAGUCCUGCCCGCGGUCCCCAGCACACCCUCCCGGAUCCAGCUGAGGCUGCGGGCUCGAGUGCAUGGAAGUGGCGGCUGCGGCGGAGAGGCGGUGGCUGCCCCAUGGAGUGUUACUACAUUGUCAUCAGCUCCACGCAUCUCAGCAACGGACACUUUCGCAACAUCAAGGGAGUUUUCCGGGGCCCCCUCAGCAAGAACGGGAACAAAACUCUGGACUAUGCUGAGAAGGAGAACACCAUUGCCAAAGCUCUGGAGGAUCUGAAGGCCAAUUUUUACUGUGAACUCUGUGACAAGCAGUAUUAUAAACAUCAGGAAUUUGACAACCACAUUAAUUCAUAUGACCAUGCUCACAAGCAGAGGCUCAAAGAACUGAAGCAAAGAGAAUUCGCUCGAAAUGUAGCAUCUAAAUCCAGGAAGGAUGAAAGAAAACAGGAAAAGGCACUCCAACGUCUACACAAGCUGGCUGAGCUAAGAAAGGAAACUGCAUGUGCUCCUGGAAGUGGCCCCAUGUUCAAGUCAACAACUUUUACUGUGAGAGAAAAUUUUAAUGAAAUUUCCCAAAGAGAGGUUGUGGAUUCAGUUAAUAACCAGCAAGACGUGAUUUCCAGGGAAGAGAAUGCUAAAGAUGUCACUACUGCAACUGCAGAUACAGAAAGUGUGAACAAUUACACAGCACACAAUCACCAGCUUGGAGACCAAGCACAGGGAAUUCACAAAAACAAGACAGGCUUUUCCUUUGCAUUUCCAAAGAAAGCGUCUGUGAAGCUGGAGUCCUCAGCUGCAGCCUUCUCAGAAUACAACGAUGAGGCCUCUGUGGAAAAAGAAUUUAGCAGAAAAAGUAGAUUUGUCCCCAGCACUUGUCAUCAUCUACUAUCUUCACCAACAGAUGUGCUUUUAAGUUCUGAGGAGAAAGCUAGCUGUUUCCAUUUUCCAGAGGCAAUGUGUACUGACAAAGAAGCUAUGCAAACUCAGGAGAUAAAAGAUGUCACAAAUGAAAAAACUACACUAUCACCAUCGUUUUGCCACUUUCAACAUCCUUUAUCAUCAGAUGCAGAUACUUGCCAAAAUUCGGUCCCAUUAGCUGAUCAAAUAUCACUGGAAGACGACGUUACUGUUACUGGAGACAUACCUAUGUGUAGUAACAGUCCUGACUCUCUAGGAAGUAAUUCCACAGUUCUUGAUCUGCCUAAUGACUGCACGCCAGCACACACUAACAUAGUGGAAAACUUUAAGAGUAAUGAUGCGCUCACAAUGGAAACCGAAAACAAGGAUGAUCCUGAGUCACUGGGCCCCUCAACUACCACAGAGGAAAAUGUAAACUUUCGAAAAAAGCCAGAUUUAUGUAAAAGACAGCGGGACCCUUUCGUACCUGUGCUUAAUAAACUUGGCUCCACGGUUCUUCAGUGGCCGUCGGAAAUGCUGACAUAUACUACCACAGAACCAUCAGUAUCCUACAGCUGCAAUCCUCUCUGCUUUGACUUCAAGUCCACUAAAUUAAACAGUCCAGAAAAAAGUAAGCUGUCCCCAAAUGAUAUUUAUUCUCAGCAGAAGGAAGAUUUCUGCAAAAGACCAGCUGCUGACUGUGGGGACAGGCCUCCUGCAGGACUCAUGAGUUGUGAAAUGAGUGGUAGUAAACACAAUCAUGUUCAAGUUAUUUCUCCUUUGGCUGUUGACAUUCCAUCCAACAAUUCUGAUUUGGGAAAAAAUGAGACUAUGAGUCAGAGGCAUAAAAAUAUUUCCUAUAGGACCAGAAAAACAAAAAAAUACAAUUUUACUAAAAAUCAAGUGAAACAGAACACUCUAGACAAGAAAUACAGCAAAAUCAGGUUGAAAGACAAUCACAAAUACUGGUUUCAUAAUAGUAGAAGAAAGAAAAAAAGAAGGAAGCUAUGUCAGCAGCAUCAUGAGGAGAAAACCAAAGAAACAGAAACUGACUGUAAAAUGGAAAUGGACUUUAGUUACACUGAUACACUAGGGAACAGUCCACUGGAACCAGUUUCAGAAAGGCAGCAUGUGACGGCAGAGACAUUAUCAGACUCACAUCACUCACCUGAUAAAAGGCCCAAAUCAGCAUCUAUUGAUUUAAGAGAAACUGAAGAAAUAUGUAAAUCCUGGAACACAGAAUCCAAUAAUGACACUCUCAGUUUUAAAAACCACUUCAGAAAGAACACAAUACUCAUAAAUAAACAAUCAAAAACCAUGAUACAGACUGGAAGGCAAAAUUUAAUGUAUUCCAGAAGUUACUAUUGCUUGAAAGUCAGAGCAUCAAGCUAUCAAGGAGAUAGCAGACACUUAGUUCUUCAAGGUGAUAUGCAAGGCACCAGUCAGAACCUUCCUGUUAAAAGAGGCUACAAUUCCCUCAUGAAUGAAUCGGAAAGAUUUCAUCGGAAACGCAGGCAACAUUCUUGUUCUUAUUCAUCAGAUGAAAGUUUAAAUCGACAGAAUCAUUUACCAGUAUUGAGGCCACCAAUUGCUACAUCCACUCCUUGUAAGCCUAAAAAGAAACGAAGGCGGAAACGAGGUAAAUUCCACAUUGGAGGUGGAACUUUGGAAAUCAAAGAAAAUCCAGACUGUGCCAUGAAGAACAACAGUUCUUUGAAUCACCUCGAUAGGCUAAUAAAUAAGGACAAAAAAGAGGAAAUAAAACCACAAGAAAAUACAAAUAUCGAAAAGAAGUUGGAACAAACAGACCAAGCUGAAAACAAACUGGACUUCCACCUCAGCAGUCCACAUUCUCCUGAAGCCAGUAGCAAAGGUGAACAUUCGGUAAUGGAGAUCACACCAAAUGACUCCUCAGAGCCUUCUAAUGUUCCCACUACAUCUGUGCAUUUAGCAAGGACCCCAGCAAAUGACUCAAUUGAUAGUACCUUGCUUGAACACAAUCAAAGAAGCCAAGCCACAAACAUUAAUGAAAAGCAAAUUCCUUUCAAGGUGACCAAUAUGGAAAGGAACUUUAAACACUCCCAGCCUAAAUCAUACGUUUGCCAUUACGAACUGGCUGAGGCCAUUCCACAAGGAAAGAUGAAUGAAGCAUCCACAGACUGGCUAUGUUACAAUUCAGGAAUACUAAACACACAAUCACCAUUGCCAUUCAAGGAAACACAUGUCAGUGGUCAUACCUUUGUAACAACAGAACAAAUCCUGGCUCCAUUAGCUUUACCAGAACAAGCAUUAUUGAUUCCACUAGAAAACCAUGACAAAUUUAAAAAUCUACCAUGUGAGGUCUACCAACACAUUAUACAGCCAAACAUGCUGGCCAACAAGGUCAAAUUUACCUUUCCUCCAGCUCCCCUUCCUCCCCCUAGCACACCUCUACAGCCUUUGCCUUUGCAGCAGCCCUUAUGUUCUACCUCUGUAACCACCAUCCAUCACACUGUUUUGCAGCAGCAUGCUGCGGCUGCUGCUGCUGCAGCUGCAGCUGCAGCUGCAGGAACCUUCAAAGUGCUUCAACCACACCAACAGUUCCUUUCCCAAGUCCCUGCUCUCUCCAGAACAUCUAUACCUCACAUCUCUGUAGGACCUGUAGGACCCAGGCUCUGUCCUGGAAGUCAGCCAGCUUUGGUUGCUCCUCCUCAGAUGCCAAUCAUUCCCGCAUCAGUUCUUCAUCCCAGUCACUUGGCUUUCUCACCUUUACCCCAUGCACUCUUUCCCUCACUGCUUUCCCCACACCCAGCUGUCAUUCCCCUCCAGCCCCUCUUUUAGUCACCACCAUAAAAGGGAAAAGAACAUGCUCCUGAGGAAACGAUUUCUGUAUGAGUAGGUGUUCAUCUAAGUGGAUAAUUGGCUACUUAACUCAUAGAAAUAAACUGGCCCAAACUGGCCUCCUUGAUUUCAAACCAUUUACUGUAAGUGUAAUGAUGCUAAUAAAUUAUCAAGUUUCUGAUAUAUAAUAUUAUUAAAGCACUGAAUAGUUUGAGAAUCAAUACAAUAUAUGCUGUACUUUAAAAUGAUGUCUUAAGAGUAUGUAUAAUGUAUAUUAAAUAUAUUUAUAGUACUAUAAUUUAUGUUGUAAAGAAUGCUCUUUGCUUUCUUUUUUUCUAAUCUUUGUGUAUUUGCACCUAUUUAAUGUUUAGACAAAGCUGAUGGCACUAUGUUUUGUACUAUGUUCCUUGAAACUGUAAAUUCAGUGAAAAAUAUCUCUUGCAAUAAAUUUUUGUUAAUUAUUUAA